GUUCAUUUGGACAUUCUCACAAUGCUCAAGUGGAGUGAGAGCUCAGACUAUGUGCGUCGAUACAGAGCAUUGGAGUCGGACGGAGCUGCAGCGCCUUCCACAUGGAGCAUGUAUCCAUCGGCGCUCCCUCGCGCCGCCACGUCACGACUGACCAUGUACAACCUCACGAUCACAGACCUGUCGUCGUUUGCAGUUCAGGCGUUGGCGUGGGACGCGGGUCUCGUGGCUAUCAAUCGGUCUGGAGUGUUUGCGUGGACACAGGUGUAUGUAAAGCGCCAGAGCGACUCCAUGGCCGACAUUGCUGCCACAUUCGACUCGUUCGUGACAUCCCCGUCGCAGACGACCCGGGAAUGCAUUGGCGGUCCCAACGGCAAGUUCUUGCGACAAGAGCGAACCGACUACUCGACGUUCUCGGCCAAAGUCACCCAGUGCGCCGUGGAACUGGUGUCGGACGUCCCCGACGGCGCCUCGGCCAUGUUCGCACAGGACGCGUUAAGUAGCACCGCCGUGCCAGUGCUACUCCUCCGUCGACACGUCGGCCCCAACAUAAACGAAACCAACAUGGCCAUCCACACGUCCCCGAACUUUGGUCGAUGGCCGUGGGGGGAGUGCCCAUCACCUAGCCAACCCUCGGGUCUGAUCAUUCCUUGCGAUUUUGACUUGAAAGGAGUGUACUUGCCAGUACCCAGCCCAGCCAUGAAUGUCUGGCUCAAUGGCAUCUCGACUUUAAAGCAAAGCAUGGCCUCCACCACCACUCAUACACCGUCGUCGUCCAUUGCAAACACACCAUCCACACUGUCACCAACUCCAGCAACUCGACCAAUUGAAGACAGCAACGCCACCAAUCGUUCUGCAGCCACGUUGACGCCAGUAGUGGCCUACAUUGGCGGCGCACUCGGGCUCCUCGCGUUGAUACUUCUCUUAUGGUGCUGCCGUCGACGGCAUCGACGGGCCCACCCCCCGCCGCUCUAUUUUGAACCGUUUGUCGAACUCCAUGCGACGCCCAAGGGGCUACACGCUCCGCCUCGCCCGUCCUCCGCUCGUCCCGCCUACUCGUUCCGCUGUGCUCCGCCGUCAGCCCACCCCUUUCCAGCGCUAGACGCGUCCAACCUCGUCCUGCAUCUGAAUCCGUCCAAACGACUCGACUUCGACACCAUCGAGCGGGUCGAAGUGCUGGCAUGUGCCAGUCUAACGAGUAUCUAUUUUGGCUACUACUGCGACCGUCCCGUGGCAAUCAAAGGGUUUGCAACGUCGAAACUGCAUGAGAUCAACCAGCGCCAUCUCGACGCGUUCACGGACCAGAUCCGCCUCAUGGCGUCGUUCAAUCAUCCCAACAUCGUGGCCCUAGUCGGCUUUGCAUGGCACAACCACCCCCAGUCCCUUGUGGCCGUCACCGAGUUCGUUUCCCAGGGCAACUUGCUCGAGUUUCUCGUCGCCCAUCCAGGACUCGAAUGGACCAACAAGGCGCGAUUGGCGCUGCAUGUCGCCCGCGCGUUGCAGUACUUGCAUGUGAUGCUGUGUCCUUCUGUCAUCCACCGCGACCUGACGACCAAACAUGUGCUCAUCUCGUGGCCGUACGCAAAGUUGAGCGGCUUUAGCGUGUCAAGGCACACCCACGAAGAAGACUCGGCGGACACCAUGACCGCGGGCGUGGGCUCUGGUAUGUAUAUGGCCCCAGAGGUGCUUUGUGAAUCGGGCCACUACUCCGUCGCGGCAGACAUGUACUCGUUUGGAUGUGUGUUGGUCGAGCUUGACACGCAAACCCCACUGUUUGCCACGGCCAAUUCCACGUCGGUGCUCCUCGAACUUCUCAACGGGACUCGAAAGCCACAGGUAUCGUCAGACUGUCCUGACCCCAUUCGAGACCUGGCCGUCCAGUGCUUGGAAGCCGAUCCGUCCCUGCGGCCGUCGGCGUUCGACGUUGCCCGGGCGUUGGAAGCAUUUACUACUAGUAUCCAACAACCAUAAUGACAAGGAAUGGAAUGAUGGUCUCUGGGACGUACAUUCCGACCAGAUCGAUUGCUGAUUGGCUCUUGAAUUGAAUGUGAAUCUUC